GCUUCCCUCUUAGUGCUCACCAUCUAGACUCACCACUAGUUUCUGCUGCAAUUUUCCUGGUCUGUCAACCGAGUUUUCCUUGAAACAGUUGCAGCAAUGGGAGUGACAAUAUCUAGAUUGGUGAGGAUGCUUUUUGCAAAGAAAGAAAUGAGGAUAUUGAUGGUGGGACUUGAUGCUGCAGGCAAAACAACCAUCCUUUACAAGUUAAAACUUGGAGAAAUUGUUACUACCAUACCAACCAUUGGAUUUAACGUUGAAACUGUUGAUUACAAAAAUGUUAGCUUCACUGUCUGGGAUGUUGGAGGACAAGAUAAGAUUCGACCAUUAUGGAGACACUACUUUCAGAACACUCAGGGCCUUAUUUUUGUGGUGGAUAGUAAUGACAGAGAAAGAAUAUCAGAAGCCAGAGAUGAGCUUCACAGGAUGCUGAGCGAGGAUGAACUACGUGAUGCAACACUACUUGUCUUCGCUAACAAACAAGAUCUUCCAAAUGCCAUGACUGUUUCUGAAAUCACUGAUAAACUUGGCCUUCAUUCACUUCGACAACGCCGUUGGCUACGUGUGCCACCUCCGGCCAAGGACUUUAUGAAGGUCUUGAUUGGCUAUCCAGCAAUAUCUCUAGCAAGGCAUAGUCCCAAGCCAGCCCUAUUUCAAUACAGAAAGUGAUCUUUUCCCAGAGAAAGACUUGAAGGUACCGGUAGUGAAGGGCAAGUAACUAAGUUUUCAAUGUUAAGUAGAUUUUCAACCAAUCUGAAGAUUAAGAAACUACAAUACAUGUGUCAUACAUCAUAAAGAAAUGCUUGUGGGUGGUUUGCUAAAGUAGAUUCAAUAGGGGAUAACUCUCGUAUUGUACUAUUAACCAGAGAAAUAAAAAUGAAAAUAAUUUAAGAGAAUCAAACUCUCUGAACAAAAAAGCUUAACUUGUCAGUUUUCCAUUUUAGCAUU